AUGCCUGGCUCUGGCCCUUCUGCAAACCCUGGCGACUCCCUCGCAGGAAAAGACCAUGAGCUGCAGAUCCGCUACCGCACUCUCUCCAUCCAUGUCGACACCAUGACGGAUGAGAAGAAGGCGGCGGUAGCCUCAGCCAAAGGCAACGAUCCGGCUGCCUCCAUCCGCCAGAUUGACGUCCACCGCAUUCCCGUCGACGAGGUCUACACCCGCUUCUCGACGUCCCCGACCGUCGGCCUGGAAGCCUCCGCCAUCCAGCGCCGCGCCAAAGAUGGUAAAAACGUCAUUUCGCCCCCUCCCACCCAAUGGGUGAAGAAGUCGCUCAACUACGUCUUCGGCGGCUUCAACUUCCUCAUGUGGAUCGCUUUCAUCGUCACUGUCCUAUCCUACAAACCCCUAGGACAGCCCCCGGCAAUCUUCAACCUAGGUGUUGCCUUUUUGCUACUGCUCGUGAUCAUCGUCUCCUCGACGUUCUACGCGCUGGUGGACUGGCACGCGUCGCGCAUCAUGAACUCGAUCAAGACGCUCAUCGCCGAUGAGGCGUCGGUCAUUCGUGAUGGCCAACACCAGAGUAUCCCCGCUCGUGACCUCGUCGUCGGUGAUGUUGUCACGUUGACCAUGGGCGACCGGGUUCCGGCGGACUUGAGGCUUGUUCAAAUUUCGAGCGAUGUCCGCUUCGACCGCUCCCUUCUCACCGGUGAAAGGAAGCUGCACUGGGUCGUCUUCGCCGUCGGCGACAAGUCCGUCAUGGGCCGCAUUGUCGCCAUGUCCGGCGCGACCAAGUUCAAGCUGACGACGGUCCAGAAGGAGGUCUGGUUCUUCACCAAGAUCAUCUCCACUCUUGCGCUCGGUCUCUUUGCGCUGUCGUUGAUUGUCUGGGCCGGAUGGGUGCGCAAGGCCUACCCAGGCUACGCUACCGCCAGUUCCGCUAUAAUCAACUCCAUCGGCUGCUUGACGGCGUUCGUACCCCAGGGUCUGCCUGUUUGUGUCGCGCUCUCCCUCACCAUCGUCGCGAGGCGCAUGGCCAAGCGCAACGUCCUCGUCAAAAACCUCGCGACGAUCGAGACCCUCGGUUGCAUGUCUGUCCUGUGCUCUGACAAAACCGGCACUCUUACCGUUGGAAAGAUGGAGCGCCAGGUGAAGGGCGACGCUACCGACACAGCUGUUCUCCGCUUCUCCGAACCCUCACCGUCCCUCGCUCGGCGUCGUACGAAUAAGCUCUCGAUCGUACGAGAAGUUAUUCGAGAUCCCUUCAACUCGCGCAACAAGUGGAUGCUCAGUGUGGUCGCCGCUCGCCCGGGGUUCACGUCUGACGAUGGAGUUGGCCGCUGGAUGCUCGUCAAGGGUGGGCCCGACGUCCUCUUCCCGAAGUGUUCGAUGCACCGCGCGACGUUGCAACACCUCCAGGAGCGUUGGAGCUCCGAGGGCCAGCGCGUCCUGGCGCUCUGCCGCCCUCACCUCGUCGGCCUCGUCGGCAUCCGCGACCCGCCCCGUACGGACGUCCCCGACGCGGUUCGGAUCAUCCGCCGCGCCGGCGUGCGCGUGUUCAUGGUCACCGGCGACUUCAAGCUCACCGCGCUCGCAAUCGCACGCCAGGUCGGGAUCAUAACGGAAGGGAAAGUCGACGACGUGCAAUCGAUGCGCAAAUCCGAGGUCGCGCGCCGCUACGCGGGCGUGAGGGCCCCUGCCUGCCGACCCGGGGAGGACGACGGCCAGCGCGCGCUCGUGCUCACGGGCGACGACAUCGUGUUCGCGAGGACGACGCCGGAGCAGAAGCUCCGCAUUGUGGAAGAAACGAAGGCGCGCGGCGACAACACGGUCGCGGUCACUGGCGACGGCGUCAACGACGCCCCGGCUCUCAAGGCUGCCGACAUCGGUGUCGCGAUGGGCUCUGGUUCUGAUGUCGCGAAGGAGGCUGCGUCGAUGAUCUUGCUCAACAAUGACCUCAUGUCCGUCACGGUCGCGAUUGAGAUGGGUCGCCUCGUGUUCGACAACCUCAAGAAGGUCAUCGUCUACCUCAUGCCUGCCGGCACGUACACGGAGUUCGUCGGCGUCUUCGCCAAUGUCUGCUUCUCGAUCACCAACGACGUCGUCAUGUCGAUCUCUCUCAUGUACGAGAAGCCUGAGUCUGACCUCAUGCUCCGCAAGCCUCGCAAUGCGCGUACUGAUCGUCUGACCAACUGGCAGUUCUUCUUCCACAUCUACCUCUUCAUUGGCCUCAUGAUGUGGCCGUGCGCGAUGGGGAUGUGGUUCCUCUGGAUGAAGCAGAACGGCCUCGGCUUCUACGACGUCUUCUUUGUCUUCAAUAAGUGGCAGGACGGCUACAAGGGCUUCACCAUCGACGAGCUCAACCACCUCGUCGCCGUCGGCCAGUGUAUCUAUUACGUGACCAUGGUGUUCAUGCAAUACGGCGGCCUGCUCGCGGUUCGCAACCGGCGCGUGUCGAUCCUGCGGUCUAACCCGCUCUGGGGCCCGCGCCGGAACCUAGUCGUCCUGUGCGGCAUGCUCGGGACGCUGCUGAUCGCCGUCGUGAACCUGUACGGGCCCGGGCUGCAGAACGUGUUCGGGACGACGCCGAUCCCGGGCAUGUUCUGGGGCAUUCCGUUCGCGUUCGCGGCGGGGAUCUUGCUCGUGGACGAGGUCCGGAAGCUGAUUGUGCGCACGUACCCGAAGUCCAUUGUCGCCAAGGCCGCGUGGUAA